GAAGGAACAUGGCAAGCGCGGUCAUGUAUGAAGAAUGAACACGUACAAGAGGCGUGGAUACGUCGUUUUAAUGAAGAAUAAACACCAACAAGAGGCGUGGAUACGUACUGCUCAUUAUUUAAAGGUCGUAGUAUUUUUCGGUCUCAUUGUAAUGAAAAACAACAAUUAUUAAAAUGCGUUCUUCGUGCGUGACAGUGCUUUCCACUUUAAUUCCCUGAGCGCGUCGCCGUAGAAACCAUUAGUAUCACCUCACCUGUGAGCCCGGUUGCUCCCACUGGUUCCUCGUUACCGUAAUUUCUCAGGGAGCAUCGACCAAUCAACGCACCUGGGUGAACAUGAGUUGGGCGUGUGCCAAACUCCCGAGGACGCGCGCAGUCAGAAUGAACAGACGGAUGAAUAGACGGAACCUGUAGCUCACAGACAGAUAGCCCAAUUAACUCACGGGGAGCUCCAGGUAGACUAUAGUUUGAUAGGUAUCUAGAUGAAACAUGUGUGUAGGUCAUAUGCUACUAAUCUCUGAGUCCCGUGCCAAGUGAGAGGCGCGUUACUUUGCUCCCCCCAAAUUGACGGAUUACCGAGAUGCGCGUGCUGAUAAUGAUGAGUUCCGUUAUUAUUCUCCUCCCGGUCUAACGACACCGUUCCUUUAUUCUCCUGUCUGUGUUUGUAGCGCUACAGAAUGCAUCAGUACGCCAGUCAAGACAAGAUUCCGGGAGGGGGUGUUGGGCCAGCGGCCCCCCAGGAUGGCCCCAGGUCGUGUCAGUUCUUCUCAGAUGGCCGGAGGAAGGUGGACUAUGUUCUGGUGUUCUACCAACGCAAACAGAUCUCUGUGAGGGGUGGCGAGCGGCUGCACCGUCUCUCUGCCCCCCCACACCCUCCUCAUCGCCUCUCUUCCCCCCCACACCCUCCUCAUCGCCUCUCUGUCAUCUCCAAUGGCAGCUCCCCCCCCUCCGGCCCUGUGGGGGGUUUGGGAUGUGCAGCAGGGCAGCGGAGUGCGGUGGACGGGGAGGUGUGUGUGGACCUGGGCGUGGCCGUGGAAUUAGAGGCGGACCCAGCUGAAGGAGAGAUGGUGCUGAUCAGGGAGGAGUUUGAGGCCAGGCUACUGGAGGCGGGGCUUGAGAUGGAGAGAGACACAGAGGUCAGGGUCUACGGGCCCAGCUUCACGAGACUCCAUGUCCCCUGGUCGGUCCUGAGCAGAGAGGCAGAGUUCCUCAAGAUCAAAGUCCCUACUAAGAAGAGCUAUGAUCUGAAGCAGGAUCAUGGGUUCAGUGCCAGCCUCAGUGACUUCUGGAGGAAGGUGAACCAGCCAUUCCAGCCCAACAUCCCCCAGCUAGACCACAGCACCACCAAGCAGCUCUCGCACUGCUUCUCCAGGGACAAACUACACCUAUUUAACAUCACCUCUAAAGAUACCUUCUUUGACAACGCGACACGCAGUCGAAUAGUGUACCAGAUCCUGAGACGCACCGCCUGCACACGCACCUGCCAAUCCAUGGGUGAGUGACCUCUAACCCCUGAUUGGCCCAAAGUUGCCUACUUUAUGAGUCGUUGAUCUUUUUCUCCAUGGUUCCU